AGCAAAGGAGAGCACCAGGAAGCAGGGCCAACAACGACAAACAAAGACCAAGCCCUGAAAAUCUCUAGUCCUCAUUCGCGUGCCCUCUUUCUCUCUCUCCCUCUUCCUUUCCAAACCCUAGUGUAACUUUUUGCAGGAUCACCAUUCAAAAUUACACCUUCUCAAAUCUUCUUUUUGAUCUGUCAAUUCCACUAAUCCCACACUCUUUACUGUUAUUUCCAAUCCCAAUAGAUUCUAAAAACUCUCACAAAUCCAACAUUUUUAGCAUUUCAAUUCCUCUGGUUAAAUUCCUCAACUUGCGAUUUCAGCUUGUAUUUUCUAGUAAGGAAUUCAAUUUAUUGCUUUUUGCGUAGCGAGUAUUAAAGGGUUGUCGGGGUUUGGUGUUCAUAGUCGAGGAGGAUUUAGUUGGGGAAAGAAGAAGAAAGAAGAGGAGGAGAGGGAGUGGAAGACAGGGUUUAAUUUACCAAAUUGUCCCUGUAAUAUUGAACAGGAAAAUUUGGGUAUCCAUGUCAAAGUUAAUGGUUUGCCUUCUCAUCAAACAUUGACCCAUGGAUCCUGAAGGCAAGAAGUUUGGAGGAGGACCAAGAGAGCUGACUGGUGCUGUUGAUCUUAUAAGUCAUUACAAGUUGUUGCCCCAUCAUGAGUUCUUCUGCAAGCGAUCACUUCCUUUAUCAAUUUCUGACACGCAUUAUCUUCACAAUGUUGUGGGAGACACUGAAAUCAGAAAAGGAGAAGGCAUGCAAUUGGAUCAGCUUAUUCAGAAUACCUCCUAUUCAAGAGAAAGCAAUAUACGCAUACAGCCAUUUGACCUAGACGUACUCAGAGAAGCCUUCCAAUUUAAGGAAACCACUCCUGUAGAUUUGCCUUCUGCAGAGAAGGGGACUCCUACAAUUGCAGUGAAAUCAAAAAGUGAGUCCAAAGACAAGGAGAGAAAGCAUAAAAAGCACAAAGAUAAAGACAAGGAGAAGGAUAAAGAGCAUAAGAAGCACAAACACCGCCAUAAGGAUAAAGAUCGAAGUAAAGAUAAAGACAAGGAGAAGAAGAAGGAUAGAAGUGGUCAUCAUGAUUCUGGUGGCGAUCACUCUAAAAAACACCAUGAAAAGAAAAGGAAGCAUGAUGGAGACGAAGAUCUUAAUGACGUUCACAAGCACAAAAAAACAUAAGAGCUCAAAAAUUGAUGAAAUUGGCGCCAUUAAAGUAGCUGGCUGAAGUGGUUGUCAUAGUAUGGUUCAUUUGUUGUCUGAGUGGUUUUGUUGGGAGCUUGGAAAAGAUUUUCAUUUAAGGUAGUCUAAUUGUUUGAGAGUAGGUUUGAACUGACUGCAGAAAAUGUGAAGAUGGUGAAUUCACCCGACAGAGGAAAAUUGGGAUGCAGGGUAAAAAUUGCUUAAAAAUGAACUUUUGUAUCAUAAAAUUAUAUAAUUUCUGGUCAUAGGCUAAACUUUAAUCCUUUUGUUUUUCUUUUCAGUUUUAUGGUGCAUUGGAUAUUUUCAGCAUGUACACAUUAUUGUAAUCAUUUAUCCUUUUUAGAGUAGUGAACAACUUAGUCUCAUAAUCAGUUUCAACUUUCAAGUAGAAUUUGUAGUCUUGAGUUCUAGGAAGAGCAGGUUUGAGCUAGAGAAUUUUGUACAUUAAUUCCUUUGCUUUACCUCAUUAUUGUGGCAAUAGACAACAUAAUUUUAGUUCCACAAUUGGGACUGUGAGGCCUGGUUUUUGAAUGCUCUAUACUUCUUUAUAAAGGGAUGCGUCCGUUUGUAAGUACAUAACAGAGAUGUGAUGACUAAUUGCUGCUAUUUUAUUUAAUUCUCUAGGCAAAGAGUGAUAAAUUUCUGA